AUGUCAGCGCCAACUGAGUUCCAAAACAUUAAUUCGGAUGGUCCUCUAUCGAGUAUUCCACCAAGCUCUCCGCCGGAGAUCGCCAUCAACAAGCGGCUGCGCCGCGACUCCACGUCUCCCGCUUUUCGACCACAACCCACGACCAGACCUCAAAGAUCACCAAUUCUCUGUGCCCGAUGUGCGGCUUGUCCAACUUGCCGUGGCCGACGACAGCGAAGCGGAUCCCCUCCUCAGGACUCGCAGGCUGAUCCCCAACAUGAACUCAGCAGGGACUCAACAGACGAGAAUGGCACUGACGAGCCGAGACCGCAGCCUCGGAGACGUGUUCGAAUAUCCGCCCGGGCUGCACCGAUCUCGCCGGCGCAGAAGAUCGAGAUGACAUACAAUACAUAUUGGCAGAAGUGGCGCUGGGGAAUCGGAGAAUUUGUCCAACAUUCAUACAACUGCCGAGAUCUAGAUAGUGCACACAGAAGGCGUUGGCAGCGCUUCCGGCGGUGGCUUGCAGAGUCCUCUGCCAGCCUCCAGAUUUGGGAAGACCUUCCGCCCGCACAGCGAGAACUCAUGUUUCAAGCAUUUGGAGGAUGGGAUUAUGUGAUGCAAUGCCUUGACAAAGAGCUCUGCGCCCUCGAAUGCCUCGACGCGUUUGGGUCGUGGAAUAUUCAUCGGAAAGAGCAGCUUGCAGACAUGAUUGUUGGAGUGGGCCAGCAGACUAUUGAGACGGCUCCCAAGUUUGGUGCGAUGCUCCAUGGGUUGGUCAUCAACCAAAGAACAGCAAAGGAGAGCAAAAGGCCAACGAAGAAGAACGAGAAGGAAGAGGAGCGGGCUGCAGCCAAAGUGGCCACUAUUGCAGCCAUCAUCCUAUUCUCACGCCACAGCAACAGCAACAACAACAUUCCAGUCAACGUUGGACUCCACUGUCUGGAUGCAGGUGUUGGGAAACGGACCAUCUCGAUCCUGCAAGGUAUGGGUCUCUGCCCUUCAUUUGCAACAUUGAAGAAUAAGGAGGAGGUUCUCCGAAGUGCUGCAGCUGCAGAGAUACGUCGAGUAGGUCAAGGACCCCAUCGAAUCUACGGCGCAUGGGAUAACUUUGAAUUUAAAGACCACCGCCAGCAUGAACGAAUUGGAGACGCCAGCACAUUCCGAUCUACCACAACGGCAGUUAUCUGCAUAGGGGAUGAUCAUGAAGAACCAACCCUACUACACGAUAUGUGGCGACAGAACCAACCAAUCAAGCCCACUACGAUCGUCAAGAAUAUGAUUGCUGGUGACGCCCUUCGUGAUAUACAGAUGUUCUUCCUUCGACGAGCUUUCCAAAAUGUCUUCCCCCAGCUAGUGUCUGAAUGUAUUUACAAAGGUGGCGACCUCCCGAAGAUUUUGUCCACGCAGCUGAUCCGGCCUGCUGCCACAAUCACACUUCCUCUACGAGCAAUUCUGGUGAAUGAGAGCACCAAUGAGAACACGAUCAAGAUUAUUGAUGACAUCUUUUUAAACCAACUUGGUUUCGAGUCUGAUAGCGAGGUGUGGAAACAAGAGCUCCGUUGUAUGAUUGGGGACGUCAAGACAAUCAACCGCAUGCAGUCUGGCUCUCAAAAUGACGAAACAUCACCUCUCCAGGACAACUCAACACUACAGUUUGCAUGCGAUCAGCUAGGGAGAGCAAAAGCUAGCAAUGGUAAGAUUUUUGAAGAGCUGGCCCAGGAUAUGUUUGAUGCCAAGAUCAUUGCACUUGCCAUUUUCAAAGAAUGGUUAAAAUCUCUGGAUGUCAUGGCAUUUGAACUUUUAAUCAACAAACUUUACACCAUGAUCUUCAAGACCGAUCUUACCAUUCAGGGCCGACAUCAUGAUGACCAAUACUCCAACAACCUCUACUUCAUUCGGCAUAUGAUGACAUAUCAACUUCUUGACUAUUCAGUACAUCAUGGGGAUCUCUAUUUGCUGCGAGAGGCGCUUCGACAAUGUUGUAUUAUCUUCCAGGCACCAAGCGCUAGGAAGGGAAAUUAUGCGCGCGAAGUGAUUCGAUUCCUUGAUCUAAUUGAUGGCGAAGCUACUGAUGCCGUCCUCAGUGAUGCAAUCUUGAAGUCAGCAUUGGUCAAUAUCAAGGGUGGUCGAGGUUCAUUUUACCCUACAGACAAGCACCUUGAGCACAUCAAUCUGGCUAUUCGUAAUGGUCUUGCUGACCAAAGAUCAAGUUUUGACAAGACUGCCUGGAUCCAGAACCGAAUCCUGAAUAUUCCCUUUCGGCAGCAGUUACGAGAUGUUUUUAGCCGGGAGUUUGGCAAGAUCUCGAGUGAACAUCAUACCAAGAAGGACGCUGGACAGGACGUCUUCCAUUUCGCUGCACGUCUAGCCUCCAACUUCAUGAAGAAGAAGGAUGACCGCGUUGCAUUUGAAGUCGUGGACCUUGAGUAUGAAGGCCGACGGGCCUACCCCGAUGCUGUUCUACGGUAUAAUAUUCGGUCCGGCCAUAACUGGAAUACUACGGACGCAGAAGAUUCGUCUUGA